AUGGCUAACAGGACUUGGAAUAAUCACAAUCAAGACUGGGAUCCAAUGAGAGAUGACUACAACGAUUCUGUGUUUGAGCCGCAAUACCCUGAUGACAAUGCUGGUGGUGGUGUCAACCUAGAUCAUUGUCGCCUGUAUAUCACAAACAUUCCAAAAACCCUAAACGAAGAGGGCCUGCGAACAGCUUUUGCCAAGUACGGAACACUCACCGAAGCCUUCCUCAGUAAGGACACACAGAAACGUUACGGACUAAUAUCAUACGAGACUCCUGGCGAAGCCAAACUUGCCAUGAUGAAGCUUAACAGAACGGAGCCACUCAAGUUGAAUGUGAAUAUAGCCCAUAAGAAGAAACAAGCGGGAAAUACAAGAGACACGAAGGAGCGCAGAAGAGACACGCAGGAGCGCAGAAAAGACACGCAGGAGCGCGACUACAACCAGCAUUCACGGGAUGACAGUGUGAGCGUUGUCAGUAGAGGGCGCAAUAGCCAGAAACAGGAGGACACACUCAACGGAGAGGGAGAAAUGGAGGAUUUGGUGAUUGAUGAUGAUUUGGGUCUAACAGACAGCCUGGACCCGGAACUGCACAAAGAAUUGGUCCAGCUAAGAAUAGAACAACUGAAGCUGAAGGAAGAGCAGCUGCAGUGUAGACAGAGAAUGAUAAUACUCAAUCAGGCUGGAAAGAAACCGAUUGCACAGGGCAGCUCGAACCGAUGCAUUCUACCUGAUGGGAGGAUCGUCGUAAAGAAUAUUAAUGACAGGGUGAGCGAGGCACCUGAGACAGAUGGCUUUGGAAUCGGCAGUGGAGACUCGAACGGGAAACAUUGCACCUGCAGUAAAUCCUGGGACAGAAGCGGCAGUUCGGGAGACGAUAGCUCCUCCGCGUCAACUUGCGUCCUCUGCAGGGAGGGAAGUCGAAUAAAUCGCACAUGGGAGGUCCAAGAUAAGUCGGACUUAGAAAGUAAUAUUACAGAAUCGAGAGCUGCAACAAAAACUGUGGACCUCACGAGUAAAGAAUCAAAGGGUUUGACAUCACUCGACAAGAAAUCUGACUUUACCAGUGGUAGUGAAAGGAAGGAGUGUGAUAGAGAAAGUGAAACGCUUUAUGAUUUUAAAUUUAGCGACUUUGUCAGUGAAGAAGGGCACGACGAAACUAAUCGUCUGAUACAAUUGCGAAAUACUGAUUACUUAGAUAUAGUGGAGGAACAUCUAAAAAUAGUUGUAGCCUUAUCUGGUUAUCCGAAAUCGAAGAUGCGGCUGAAACAUAUGGAACAGUUGCAAAGAUCACUUACAGAUAUAAUUGAUAUGCAAAUCAAAGCUGGUUUGUUAAAGACGGUGCCAUCUUUCCUCGACUACUAUCUGAAUAGGGGCGCGAUAGUCUUCAUUUGCAAAGAUUUGGGUACUAGAGAUUGGAUAGUCAGGGUUUCAGAUGGUCUUGAAGAGAGGAUGAAUAAGGGACUGAUUUUAUUAAAUUCGAAAGUGAAAAGAAUAUGUCUGGCUAUGUUGAAGAUACCACAGUCCUGUUGGCCUGAUACAGCGUUAGACGUGUUUAAGUUGCUACAGUAUUUCAAUCCAACUUUAAAAACGGACAAGUGGAAAAUUUAUGCCCAAAAGAUUAUUGACGAUGUUGAGUGUACGUCCUUUUUAAUCGAUAGGGUGUCAGGGGAAAUAAUUCGUGGACCAACCUUUAAAAACGUUAUAGACUACUGUAAUAUGGAAUUUGAAUUGACUGGCUACACUGAAAUCUAUUACGAAAGCUUUGAUCUCAAAGAUGAUCUGAGUAGUGUGGCGUCGAGGGUUAAAUUGUUAAAAGAAAUAAAAUCUGAGGAGGUUACGCCAAGAAAUGAUAGUAAAACUAAUCUUAAAACAAAUAAAGAAAUUAAUAUCAUUAAAAAUAAAAUAAUAAAUGCACUGACAGAGACUAAAGAACUAAAAAAUGUCUUAGAUAAUAAGAAAGAUCUUGAAAACCCUGUUCAAAUAGAUACCAUUAAGAAACUUACCGACGUAGAUUAUGUAAAUGAAAAGAAUGAAACGAUUGAUUUGUCUGUCAAAACAACAGAUGAUACCAGUGAUAAAGAAAAUGAAGACGCUCAUUAUGAUAAUGACCAAUCUACAUCAACAACUACGUUCAGAGAGAAAACAGGCUCUCUCACAGCGAGCAGCGAAGAUUUUGUGGAGAUAAAUCGUACUAUAACUAUAGAUUCUAACAGAGGCAUCGCUUAUUACAGACGUACGAACUAUUUGCAUAUGGAUAACGACCUAAAGAUCGCCAUCACUCUAGACGGAUAUCCACAGAACAAACUAGAAGGUACACACAUCAGAAGUCUGAAGCGACUGUUUAAGGAACACUUACACAAAGACAUUAAGAGGCGACGCUUCAACAACCUUAUCAUUCCCAAGUUCCAAGAUGUGUAUCUCUCUAAUGGAGCCGUGGUUUAUAUCUGUGAUAGUUUAGAAACUAAAGAAUAUUUAACUGAGAUUUUACCAAAAUUUAUUACAGCUACAAGAUUGAAAUUAGUUUUUAAAGACAUUAGUGAGCUACUUCGUUACACCAGAGUUGUCAUGCGUUUGCCUAAAGAACUUGCGCAUUUUGAAUCAAAAGAGAUUUUGUCCGAAUUGAACGCGAAAUAUCCAGGCUUAAAACUUAACAACUGGAAGUUCUACUCGGAUGUUGCUGGUAAACAGAAAAGGGAAUUUGGCGUCGAUCCAGAAUCUUUAGACAUAAUUAAAAGUUCCACAUUCAAUUUUUCUUAUAAAGGCGAAGCUAUAAGUUUUAGAAUAAUCGAUAGAAAAGGAAAAAACGUCACGUGUAGUGAGACGGAAACAAAAUUAGUAGAUGUAGAAGACUUUGAGGCUAAAGCUCUUUGGGAGAAAAUCUGCAGAGAAAUGUAUUGUCCGAUUAACCCGGAUAUUAUGAGCACACCUUUAACUCGCGUUAGAACUAAACAUUACUCGAAUUUGAUAGCAGAUGAUCUCAAACUUUAUGUUGGUCCUUCCAAUUAUCCAGAAACCCGUGUGGAUGAUGAUUUAUUCUUUACAUUUAAAAACGCUAUGACUAGUGUCGUUAUGGAUUCUGUUAGAAAUGAUAAAAUCGCUAUACCGAAAAUUCAUGACAUGUACUUAUUCGACGGUGUUAUUUUUGUAAUAUGUAAAGACAUUAUAUCUAAAAAAUCGAUUCAAGAUCAUAUUCCUGCGGUUAAUUCAAAAUUGCAUAUGAAUUUCAAAUCUACCGAAUUUCGAGGCGCUGUUGGCAUUGUUAGAAUGGUGGUAAAUACUGAUAAGGAUACUGAUGAAGUGAUAUCAAUCUUGCAGAAACAAAAUCCGAGGUUACGCACGAAAUACUGGAGAAAGAUCAGCGUUGUGCGAUCUGAAAGCAAGCUAGAUGUCGUCCUACAAAUUGACAGACUCUCGGCACAAGUCAUAACUAGUCCAGACUUUAAUGAAUACAUUGAUUCUAGUGCAGUGCAAUUCAAAUUGGGUCAUUUGCAAUCUCUCAUAAAACCGAAAUCUAGCCUUGAAUAUCUGGAAAGAAAAUACAAUGAUACACAAAAUAAUAAACAAUUGCAUACACUAACAGAAAAUUCUACAAUUGAUACUGAAAUUGGUCAAGGCAUAUCAGAAAAAGAAAUAUCCCAUCAUACUACGAAAUCUAAAAACAUUAUUCUCAAUGUGAAAACCGAAACUGAAAAACUCGAUUUAAAUUGCGAUGAAUGUCCUGAUAGGGAUUUAGAGUCCCAUAAAAGUGUCAUAAACAUGAUGUUAUCAAGUGAAAAAAAUAAUGAAAGCUAUUAUAGAAUGAUUUUAAAAAUACCCACAAAUAUUUUACCGGAAGACAAAGACGACUUCAAUAUUAUACUCGAUUUAUUAGAAGAUAAAAAUCCAGGUUUGAACACUGAAUUGUGGAAAAUUUCCUACGAUCCAGAUUAUCCUAAUAAAGGAAAAUUCACUAUACUUAUAGACAAACAAUCGGCUUCUGUUAUAAAGAGCAAGGCUUUUGACUCAACCAUAGGCGGUGAGAAGCUGAAAUUUUUCUUCUAG